UUACCUGCCCGGGCCAACCGGAGAAUUUCUCUCCAGGAGGCUCGGCGGGGGCCAGCGGCGGCGGGCGGCCGCUGCCGCAGUGUGUGCGCUGAGGCAAGUCUGCUGGCGGCGGGCGCGCUCGGCGCGGGUGCUGCGCGGUGCCGCUCCUGCCUCCUUCCCUGCGAUGUGAGACUUGGGGAAAGCAUCGGUUGCCAAAGGCUGUAGUUCUUACAUGCAUCCAAUAAUCUUCUUCUCCAACAUGGAUUUUAGUCAGAGCAAUUUAUUUGGCUACAUAGAAGACCUGCAGGAACUAACUAUUAUAGAAAGGCCAGUACGCAGGAGCCUGAAGACACCAGAAGAAAUAGAAAGAUUGACAGUUGAUGAAGAGCUGAGUGAUAUUGAAAGGGCUGUUUAUCUGCUCAGUUCUGGCCAGGAUAUCCAAGGAACAAGUGUGGUGGCAAAUCUUCCAGUCCUGGUGCGACAGAAUCCUGCCGAAACACUUCGUCGGGUUUUACCAAAAAUCAAAGAAGUGCUGCAUGUCGCAGGAGUGGAAAUGCAGUUAACAGCUGCUGUUUCAUUUCUGACUGUUUUGCAAGAGGAGUCGGUGUCCACUCAUACGUACUCCCACUCCUUCCUGCACAUCAUCCUGCAGAACCUGGAGCACAGAGAUGCAGGUGUCAGCAAUGCAUGGCUAGAAACACUUCUUGCUGUAAUAGAAGCUUUACCAAAAGAGACUGUCCGACAAGAGAUCCUGAAUCCACUUGUUUCCAAAGCACAACUUUCUCAGACGCUCCAAUCCCGCUUAGUUAGUUGCAAAAUCAUGGGAAAAUUAGCUAACAAAUUUGAAGCUCACAUUAUUAAGAGAGAGAUUCUUCCAUUGGUAAAAUCACUGUGCUAUGACGUGGAGUAUGAAGUGAGAGCUUGUAUAUGUCGACAACUGGAACAUAUAGCGCAAGGAAUAGGGACAGAACUAACAAAAACUGUGGUGCUUCCUGAAUUAGUAGAACUGGCAAGAGAUGAGGACAGCAGUGUACGUCUUGCAGCUUUUGAGACAUUAGUAAAUCUGCUUGAUAUGUUUGAUGCAGGUGACAGAAGUCAAACUGUGCUCCCCUUAGUGAAAUCAUUCUGUGAAAAAUCCUUCAAGGCAGAUGAAUCUAUCCUAGUUUCUUUAUCUUUCCAUUUAGGGAAACUGUGUAAUGGAUUAUAUGGCAUUUUUACUCCUGAACAGCACUUACGGUUUUUGGAAUUUUAUAAGAAGCUUUCCACACUGGGUUUACAGCAGGAAAAUGGACACAAUGGUAAUCAACUACAACUUCAAACUCUGGAACAGGAAAAGAAGUAUAUUUCAGUGAGGAAGAACUGUGCCUACAAUUUUCCAGCCAUGAUUGUUUUUGUGGAUCCAAAGAACUUCCAAUUAGAACUGUAUUCUAUAUUCUUCUGCCUUUGUCAUGACCCUGAAGUUCCUGUCAGAUAUACUAUGGCCAUAAGCUUCUAUGAAGUUGCUAAGCUUUUAAAUUCUGGUGUCUACACAAUACAUAAAGAACUGGUUACACUAUUAAAGGAUGAGUCACUGGAGGUGUUGGAUGCUUUGGUAGGUCACCUUCCUGAAAUCCUUGAACUAAUGGCUAAUGGAGGGGAAAAUAGUGGCUCAGAAAGCAAGCUGUUGUCUAUUCCUGACCUGAUUCCUGCAUUAACAGCAGCAGAACAAAGAGCAGCAACAUCUUUAAAAUGGAGAACCCACGAGAAGUUACUACAAAAGUACGCUUGUCUCCCGCAUAUUAUAUCAAGCGACCAGAUUUAUUACCGCUUUCUGCACAGAAUGUUGACAAUCAUUUUGACAAAUAAUGUUCUGCCAGUCCAAAAAGCAGCUGCUCGGACUCUUUGUGUUUAUUUGCGUUACAAUCGCAAACAAGAACAGAGGCAUGAGGUUAUUCAGAAACUGAUUGAACAACUGGGUCAAGGAAAAAGUUAUUGGAACAGACUUCGUUUUUUAGAUACUUGUGAAUUCAUUAUGGAGCUGUUUUCAAAAUCAUUCUUCUGUAAAUACUUCUUUCUACCUGUGCUUGAACUUACACAUGAUCCAGUGGCAAAUGUGAGAAUGAAGCUAUGCUACUUGUUACCAAAAGUUAAAUCUACUCUGAAGAUUCCCACUGAUAAACAUUUACUUCAACAGUUGGAAUUAUGUAUAAGGAAACUUCUAUGUCAAGAGAAAGACAAAGAUGUCCUGAGUAUUGUAAAAAGAACAGUGUUAGAAUUGGACAGAAUGGAGGUCUCUGUAGAUGCUGAACAAUUAGAAAAGGAGAAGCAGCAAAAUGAAGGAAGACCUACAAACAUUAAUGAUAAAAUGUUUGAAAAGAAGCGUAGAGACAGUAAAACAUCAUCACUGUUAGCAAAAAGUAUCACUCUCUCUGUUCCGGGAAGCUCUUCUGGUCCCUCAGCAGGCAAAGAAGACAAGAAGUCCAAGUUGGUUCGAAGCCAAUCUUUCAGUACUCAAGCACUGCAUCCAAAAUACAGCAACAUAGACAAGUGUCCUAAUAAAAGCUCUAAUACAGGAUAUACAUCCUCAGUAUCAGGAAUGGGAAAGAGUUGUAUGUUAUCCUUUAGUGAUGAUUCAUUCCGGACUCAUUCUAAUGGUCAUAGUGGGAAUGGUACCUUAACUUCCAGUUCUUCUCGCAGCUUAUUUAACUCAUCUGACCAAAAGAACAGUGGAAACAAGGAGAGCCAGUCCAGAAGGAUGAGCAUAAAAAACAGAAAAUCAAACUCUUAGAUCUUCUGGGAGAGAAAAAAAGAAACCAGAGACUGGUGAAGCAACAUUCUGGUGUGAAAAAGUGGAAGCAGCAGGUGGGACUUUAUAAUGCCUGGAGUGAAUAAAAAGCAUCUUGUAAUGUUAAAACUUUUUAACUUUUAAAUAAAACCUGUAAAAUAUGUUCCCAUAAGUAAUGCAACAGUUGCAGAAUUUUAACAUUGUAGUGAAAUGUUAGGAAAUGCAACUUCAGCUCUGUGCUCUUAACUGCUGCAGCUAAAGAGAGGAUUUUGUUUUCUUCAACUGCGCCUUUGUAGUAUAAAUUCUUGGAUUUAGAAUGCACAUUUCCAUUGCUUAAUUGGCUUCUUUACAGUUUUUAGCAAUUCUUAGCACCCAUGUUUAAUGCAAGGAGUAGAAGGAAUUGUUACAAUUAAUGAAAAAGUAAUGCCACAUUUUAAAGAACCUUCAAACCUGAUUUAAGACCAACAGUCCAGAACCAUUGAUUAGUCUAUAUAAAGAUACAUAGCCUUCAAUAGCAUUGUGCUGUGAGUUUGGAAGUAAUCUUUCUACAGGUAAUAAGUAAAGUUCAUAAAGAUCCUGUGUAAGUUCAAAGCAGUCUAAAAGCAAUGUCUCGAGAUGAUACAAAAAAGAAUUUUAUUUCCUAAGUUUUGCUGUAUAAAAACUUGUUUUAAUUUUUAGUAUUUCAGAUUGUAUUUUCACUUGAAUAAUUUAUAAUGAUGAAUCUAGUUUUUGAUCAGCUGCUCUUUCAAGCUGUCAUGCUUCAGUGAUGUCAUCUGCAUUUGUUUGUAUCAAUGCCAAUGUUUCUAUCAAAGUUUGUCUGUGGAAAACAUGCAAUUCUGUUUAAAAAAUAUAUAUAUUUAUGCCAAUACUUGAGAUAGAGCCUAUGAAGCUAUUGUCAGCUUCUCUCUUUCAAAAUAGAAGCAGCAUAAAUAUAUUGAUGUAAGAAAGAGGUGUUUUUUUAGACUUUAUUGGUGUAUGAUAAAGAUGAUCUGAUAUAUGAAUGCAUCUGCGUGUGUGGUUACUUUUUAUAAUGUAAAAAUGCAAAUGAUGAUUUACUCAAAAUAAAGCCUAAGACAAUGCAA